AUGACCACCACUAUCCGCCAGUUCACUUCCUCCAGCUCCAUCAAGGGCUUGUCGGGACUGUGGGGAGGCUCCCGCACCUCCUGCCGGCUGUCUGGCAGCCUGGGUGGGGGUUCCUGCCGGCUGGGGUCGGCCAGCAGCCUGGGCAGCGCCCUUGGGGGCAGCAGCAGCUUUUCCAGCUGCUACAGCUUUGGCGCUGGUGGUGGCUAUGGCAGCAGCUUUGGGAGUGUCGAUGGGCUGGUGGCCGGAGGAGAGAAGGCCACCAUGCAGAACCUCAAUGUCUGCCCCGCCUCCUACCUGGACAAAGUGCGUGCUCUGGAAGAGGCCAAUGGUGAGCUGGAGGUGAAGAUCCGAGACUGGUACCAAAAGCAGGCUCCAGCACCUCUCCAUGAUUACACUCACUACAACCAGAUCGUUGAGGACCUGAAGAACAAACCUCCUUGGACUCUGCCUGCCUGCUUCAGCCCCUUACCCACAUGUCCCUGCUGGAUUCCCAAUAAAGCUUGUUGA